CUCUCGUGUUCUUCCCCACCAUCCCUCGCUUUCACUGACGCAAUUGCUCUCUCCCAUGCCUCCUAUUAAGGCCAGUUCAGAGGGUCAAAAAUCCAUUAAAACCUUCUUCACUAAGAAGGGUAACGAUCUACCUGAGCCUUCAGAGUCCGGCAGCGACAGCGACGUCGAAGUCGAUACUUCAUCUGCAAAAAAGACUAGUGGCGCGCGAGGAAGUGCUCCGGACGCGUCUGAUCUACCCCCAAUCAACAAUAUUCCGUCUAUUUUUGCCGAUAUAGUCAGCAGAACUCCCAAGGUUCAAGAAGUCGCCGAACAUGUAGAGGGUCGCAAACUCCGUGUUGCUACCAUGUGUUCGGGCACCGAAUCUCCUCUAUUGGCGCUGGAACUCAUUCAGGCAUCCAUGAAAGAGAAAUAUCAUGUUGACCUCCAAGUCGAGCACGUUUUCUCAUGCGAGAUAGAGCCUUUCAAACAGGCUUACAUUGAAAGGAACUUCCAUCCACCUCUCCUGUUCCGUGAUGUUUGCGAGCUAGGAAACGACCAAGCUCAUACAGCUUACGGAGCUUUAGCAACCGUGCCCGGUGAUGUCGACCUCUUGGUUGCCGGAACAUCUUGUGUCGACUAUUCCAACCUGAACAAUGAGAAACAAGAUAUUGAUGCCAAUGGGGAGUCUGGUCGAACAUUCCGUGGUAUGAUGGCAUGGGUUAACAUGCACCGACCACCCCUAGUUAUAUUGGAGAACGUUUGUUCUGCUCCUUGGGAUCGGGUCAAAGAGAAAUUCGAGUACUAUGGUUACAGUGCAGAGUAUGCCCGCGUCGACACCAAGGGCUACUAUAUCCCUCAUACAAGAACGCGAGUAUAUCUGGUGGCCGUCGAUGCAAGGAAGUCUUCCGUUCCGGCGAAAUGGAAAGACAUGGUUAUGAAUGAACUGAGACGCCCUGCGUCCUCUACGCUGGACGAAUUCUUACUCCCCUCGGACGAUCCUAGAAUCCAUCAGGCUCGUCAAAAACUUGUUGCCGAGAGCUACAACGCCGGUGAUCGUAAAACUGGACGAACAGAUUGGGGUCGGUGUGAGUCGAGGCAUCAACGAGCCCGAUUAGAAGAAGAAUUAGGCAAUAAGAGGCCGUUGACUUCCUGGGAAGAAGGCGGAACAUGUAAGUUACUUGACUUUGCGUGGACCGACUGGGGAGCAGCUCAAGUCGAAAGGGUUUGGGAUUUGAUGGAUAUCAGUCUUCUUCGAGACGCGAAACGUGGAUCCGACCCUUCCUAUCGAACCCAGGUGUGGAAUUUAUCUCAAAAUGUCGACCGGACGAUUGGUUCCGGCAAAGUGGGGAUAUGCCCUUGUUUGACGCCAUCCAUGAUACCGUACAUCACCAAUCGUGGAGGACCUAUGGUGGGACUUGAAGCCUUGUCUAUGCAAGGCUUACCGGUUGACAAGCUACUACUCACGCGCGAGACGGAGGAUCAACUUGCGGAUCUGGCAGGGAAUGCCAUGUCUACCACCGUCGUCGGUACCUGUAUCAUCGCUGCCCUGAUCAUUGGCAAGAAAUACCUCAAAGCCGGGGAUGACAGAGUUAGUUACGAGGCCAAGAAGGGCUCCAGAGGGGUGACCCAUGUUAAACAGGAGGAUCAAAUGGACGUGGACAAAGAAGAAGACUCGGUGGAUGAUCGUGUCGUCGGAGAAAAGGAUCUGGUGCAUCAUCCCUUGGACUUAGCUGUGACUAAGAACCACACCCUUUCCGAACUCUUGAUCGACGCCUCCAAGAGUAUCCGCUUGUGUCAAUGCGAGGGAAGGACCGAUAUGACCGACAGACCACUUGUUCGCUGCAUCGAUUGUGGUACUCCAUCCUGUAAGAAAUGCGGUGGUCGUCCGGAACAUAACCCUUCUCCAGUAAACGAAGAACGGCUGCCACCUUCAGAGUUUGACCGGAUCCUGAAGUCCACCCUCCCAAUGUGCCUAUCCUUCUCUUCCGUGACAAGUCAGCUUCUAAAUGAGCUGAAAAGUCAACACGACUGUAAAAUUCCUUCUAAACGUUGGGAAGAGUGGUGCGAAGCUGUCCUCAGAGCUGCGUCGUCCGAACUGAGGUUUGUGGAGUCAAAGCGCCAGGAGAUCUGGAGUGCCGUUUAUCGCUCUCCUGCAGCAUCCCUCGAAUUAUAUUUGCAUCCGCAUACGCCCGAGUGGCGGCUCUAUGCGAAACCUCUUGACAGCGAACCUGCGAAUGCCGAGAUUCGACAAGUCCUCGAAGCUCCCGUGGGCAGACUGAUCUGUGACGGGGAUCUGUUACAAGGGAAAUGGCAAUUCGCAUUUCCAGAAAAAAGGACGACCGUCGUAAAAAUCGCCGGUGCAGGGGAGUUGGUACCCUCUUGGGGUGCUCGCCUUGGCUUAAGUGGAGAAGGUUUCCGCGAGCAAAAGGUUCAUUCCGUUCUCAAUAUCACUGUUUCGAAAGAUGGUUCGGGGUUGUUUGACCGUGAUAUCAGUGGAGAGUAUGAUCUACUUGAGCGCUGUGGGACAGCCAAUGGAGCUCUUCACAAACGACGUAAAGUCAAGGAGGAUGACCUUCCGCCCUUAUUCUUCCUUCUGGAUCCACACCGAACGAGGGAAUCGGAAGAUUCAUUUGUGUUCACACAGAGUAUCCGUCGUUAUGAGUUUGGCGAGAAUCGGCCACUGGUUGCAAAGCUUGAUUCAACCUGGAGGCAAUCCGAUCUCCCAACAGAGGAGGUGACCUGUUAUAUGCCUUUCCGCUGGAUAACAUCCAAUUGUGUGAUGCUACAGCCAACUCAUGGGCAAGAUGCUCAGUUCGGUAUACCGGAGACACUUCAAGUGUCUCUCACGAGCGACGCCUGCCGCAGUGCUGUUGCGUUCCUCACAUGCAGCGUUCAUCUACGAGGUCAAGCAGGAUCGGAAUGGCCUUUGGGAGUCUGGGGUGAAGUUGACCAGAUCCAUGAGCGUGAGACGUAUCGCGCCAUUGCCUGGCUUCUUGAGCGCGUUCGACGUGCCGAAGACCACUUUGCUGAAUGGCAGACGGUUACCCUUCCUGACCAUGACAUCGGUUGCGAAAGAUGUGCACCCUCAGCCCCACAUAUUCGGUACGUCAACGCCGGGAAGAAAAUCAUGGCCGUUGAAGAUCCGGCUGAAGCGGGCGAAUACGAGCGGAGGCUGAAAAGACGACCCAGUGCUUUUGUCACCCAACUAAAAAUCGAGGAAAACGGCACUGGUUUGGUUCGGGUCGGUCUUAAUGUCUCUUCUCUUCUCCAUCGUGCGACAUCGAGGCUUCCUCCCAAAGAUGACUGCGGACCGCUCAUGCUAUCGUGGCGCAUCAACACCAACUUCACCCCCGUUGCUGCUCUGUCUCUCGGUAAAUUUGUGCUGAAAAGCAACAAGCAUGAUAAAGAGCACGCCCAACCACCACACUUCAAGGUGCCUCUCCGAAAGGAGCAAUUGCGCUCGUUAGAGUGGAUGUUACGCCAGGAGUCUGCACAAGCAGAGCCCUUCAUUGAGGAGGAGGUGACUGAAGCGAUCCUGAUUCCUCUUGGUUGGCGGGCAGAAGGCAGAACGCAACGAACUGUGCAUGUUCGUGGUGGUGUUUUGGCCGACCAAGUUGGUUACGGUAAGACCGCUAUCACAUUGGGCUUGAUUGAUUGUACACAGGAUGAGGUCGAAAAGGAGUUUUCAGAGACGGGGCGAGUAGAUGGAAAGAUCAGUUUGAAGGCCUCUCUCGUCAUCGUGCCACCGCAUUUGACCAGGCAAUGGGACUCGGAAGUGCGGAAAUUCACGAAGAACAGGUUCAAGACACUCGUGUUGUCAACGGUUUCAAAUUUAAAUUCUGCGACUAUCGAGGACUUUCAGGAGGCCGAUAUCAUCAUCGUUGCCUCAAAUAUCUUUAAGAGUACAACGUACCUCGAAAACCUCACUAUCUUUGCUGCGACUGCAGCGUUACCAAACAAGGAGGGUCGCCAUUUCAACGACCACAUGAAGAUAGUAUGCUCCUCUUUGAUGUCACAAGUAGAUAGGCUCCAAGAUGAAGGUGCCACAGCUGUCAAAACUGAGAUUGUGGAGGGACAAAAGCGUGUGGAUGAAAAGGCUGCGCUCGCCGCUCAACUACAGUCGAAGAGGCUUAAAGGAAAGUCGUAUCGCGAGGCUGCUGAGAAAGCUGUCAAAGCAGACUCGGAGCAACAAGCCGCGCCCUCCGAAAAGCGACUGGUUAUGGAAUCAGUGUUUAUUCCUCCCUACGCUGGACCUUCUGCCGCUCCUUCGGAAGGCUCGGGGGAGGAGAACGAAAAUCUCAUAGAUGUCUCGAAUGUUCCGAAACCAAAACGUCGAAUUUCUUCUAAACCAAUGGUUUUUCGUCUCGUCUCCGAUGGAGAUGACAGCGAGAGCGGUAGUGAUUUCGAGGACGAAGAUAACGACGAGGAACCCAAAUCAAGGAAGAAAACCAAGGUGAAAGCCAAACCUAAACCCAAACCGACUGCUCGUUCAAAGGCCUCACGUCGGUCUAAAAAGAAGGCGGAGGAUAGUGACGAGAGUUUCGUUGUUGAAGAGACUUGUGAAGAGGAUGAUGACGUGACUUUAGAGGCAAUCUCAGACGAAGAGUUCGACGUAGCGGUUACAAAGAAAAAGAAGUCCAACAAAAAAACAUCCAAAGGCAAGGUUUCUGCUACUUCUUCGAGCGCCGGUUCGUCUGAUAACGACAUGGAUGUUGACGAGGACCGUCCGUCCUCGAACACGAAGAAGGGGUCGAAGAGAAAAUCGACUGCAAAGGACGACCGACCGGUGAAGAAGCGGAAGAGGGCUGAGAAUGAUCCAUGGAAAUUGGAUUCUGCUGCAGUUCGUCGUGACUGGACACAAAUGUCUUGCCCGCCAUUGGAAACUUUCCACUUUGCACGAAAGAUCGUGGACGAGUAUACUUAUCUCGACGGAAAAGUUCAUUCCCUUGUCACCAACCUUACCGCGGAGAGGUUAUGGGUAUUGUCCGGAACACCGCCGAUCCACGAUUUUGGUGCUCUCAAGACGAUCUCUCCGUUCUUAGGUGUGCAUCUUGGAAUCGACGACGAUUCCGAGGGUAAUUCUCAGGAAGUCAAAAAACGUCGGAGAGAAAGAACUGCUGUCGAAAAGUUCCACUCGUUCAGGGAAGUUAAUACUCUCGAAUGGCAUGCGCAUCGGCAUGAGCACGGACAAAAAUUCUUGGAGACAUUUGUUCGCCAGAAUAUUGCGGAGAUAGACGAGAUUCCCUGGACAGAAAAACGCAUUGAAGUCGUUCUUCCAGCCGCUGAGCGCGCAAUCUACCUGGAGUUGGAGCACCACUUACGCGCCCUGGACAUGACGAUCAAACGUGGCAGGAAAACGGAGAGUGACAGAGAAAAGCGUGUCACCCAAGCUUUGGGUGAAAGCCAGUCGGCUGAGGAAGCUCUUUUGAAACGAUGCUCUCAUUUUGACCUCGAAACUACCAAUGAGAAUGCGAUGAAGGCUUGUGAUGUGAUCGUCAAAGCCCGACAAAAACAGCUAGAUCAAUGCAAAUCUGAGCUCUUGGAAGCAAUCAAGGCCGGUGUCCAACGGGAAAAGAAGCUUAAACGAACGGGGGGAGAGUCCAUGUUCAAUGAAUGGGCCCGAGUGUGUCGCUCAGAGGGUGUAGAGGACGAAGACGCUACCACGAUUGUGGUAGGGCUCAUAAACCAAGCGCAAGUCCCUCCCGCCAGGAAGAUUGAAAAGGACGAAGGGAAGCAGUUGACUGAGAAGGAAAAAGCAGAGGCGUGGGAACAUCGUGAAAAGACACACGAGAUUCGAAGGCUCACCAAAGAGCUAGUUGGUCGGGUGCGAUCUCUUCGCUAUUUCACGAUUGUUCGUGAUCUGCAAAAGCAAAGAGAAACCCCGUCAAAACUAUCAUGUCCACGUUGCAAACGCGAUGGUUUACUCGUCGAGGAAACUUCGAUUCUUUCUUCAUGUGGCCAUUCUGGUUGCAUCGAAUGCGUCAAAGCAUGCGCUGAGAAGGAAGAGUGUGUUGACGCCUCCUGCAGAUCAGCCGCCCGAGUCAUCAACAUUGUUCAUGCAGACACUCUCGGGGUUGACGACGUUGAACGUGAUGGGCGAGGUAAACACUUUGGCAAGAAAUUAGAAAAAGUGAUUCAUCUAAUCAAGAAGGAGAUCCCCAAGGAAGAACGUGUCUUGUUGUUCGUCCAGUUCCCUGAUCUCAUGCAGAAGGUUGGGGAGGCUUUGGCUCACAACAAAAUUCAAUACAUCGAAAUCAAAGGUUCGGCCAAUAUGCGAAGUAAAAAUUUGGAGAAAUUCCAAAACGAUUCCGAGGAACGCGUUUUGCUUCUCAAUCUCAUGGAUGAAAGUGCAAGUGGAGCAAAUUUGACGAAUGCAAAUCAUGCCAUUUUCUUGUCGCCGUUACUAGCUCCCUCACAAGAGAUCUACCAGGCUUGUGAGACGCAGGCUGUGGGUCGUUUGGUUCGAUAUGGGCAGAACAAGCAUGUAUACAUAUAUCGAUGUAUCACCAAGGAUACAAUUGAUGAGGAGAUUUACGAGCUGAGGAAGCGGAGAUAGAUACGAUGUUCAUAGCGCUUGUACGAUAGUUUUUCUGAUUUAUGGUGCAUAUAUACGGUCGUAUUAGUUUAUUCAUCUCGAAAUCUCAAAUGAUCUCGUCCC